GUCCUCCUCUUCUUCUUCUUCUUCCUUCCUCCUCCUUCCCAAGGCCAAGGCCAAGAAGAAGAAGAAGGGUGUGUUUAACUUUAACACCGGGGGUGGAACGGCCGCCGGCAGCGGAAGAAGAUCCAGCCAAUUCAAUCCAAUCCAAUCCAAUCCUCAGGCUGCGGAGCGGAGGAAUCAAUUCAAUGUCUUCCUCCGCCGCCUUGGCCUUGGCCUUGAGGAGGGCCACCUCCUCCGCGCACAAGCAGAAGCAGAAGCAGGCCCUCGCCCUAACGGAUGCCGCCGCCUCUCGAAUACGCCAACUCCUCAGCCUCCGCCACAGACCCUACCUGCGCCUUGGCGUCAAAGCACGCGGCUGCAAUGGCCUCUCUUACACCCUCAACUACGCUGAUGAAAAAGGCAAGUUUGAUGAGGUUGUUGAAGAUAAAGGAGUUAAAGUACUAAUCGAUCCCAAGGCUCUGAUGCAUGUCAUCGGCACCAAGAUGGAUUAUGUUGAUGACCCGCUAAGGUCUGAAUUUGUGUUCAUCAAUCCAAAUUCCAAAGGGGAGUGCGGCUGUGGUGAAUCUUUCAUGACUACAAGCAGCAAGGGAUCUACAUCUUGAAUAACGGAUAGUGAUGGGGGUAGUACGUGAGGUAAACAGAGCUAAAUAUGUCGAGGCUUCAGCUACCACUUUUCUGCUUUAUAGCUUAUUAUUAUUACAUUGGAAGUACAUAGCUCAACAGUGGUUGUAAUAGAUGCAAUUGUGUGAACCCACCUCAACUGUGUUCUUUACAUUGGGGGGGGGGGGUAUGUGUUCUUGGUUUCUGUUGUUUGUUUACAUGUGAUUAAUGAAAGAAACGAACCACGUUUGGUUCAGACA